GCAUCCGACAGUUGAUUGCUCGGUUUGUGGCGCUGCUAACGCAAAAACAACAACACAAUGUAAUCCCUAUCGGAAACUCUGGGGCGCGAUAGCCACUUCAUAGCCAAUAACAAUACAACUAUAAUAGAAAAAUAACAAUUACGACGACGAUAGACGGAAAAUAUAAAACGUCAAACUGAAUGAAUCUGCAGAGAGUGUGAGUGAAAGAGAUAUGAGAGAAUCGGAUGAAAAAUAUACGACGUAUGCUUGUUGGCUUGCUUGCUUCACUUGACUCUAUAUCGUUUUUAUAUUUUCAUUCCGUUGUUGGAAACACAUCUACGAUUUUGCGAUUAUUUUGGUGUGUGCUGUACAUACUUUCUAGUCGCCAAAUGAAUCUGUGCAAAUUUUUUUAAAAAAGGAAACCAUGAAAAAUACAGUGAUUUUUGUGGAUAUGGCUGGCAGAAGGAAACAGUAAACAAUCUUAGCACAAGAAUGCAUCGAUUUUGGUGAUUCGUCGAUUCAGUGUUGGUGUAGUGAUUUUUCUGAUGUGUACUGUAAAAUUAAAUAUUAUUUGUUUUUUUUUAUUCUCUCUCUCGCUCUCUCGUUGUUUGUGAAAAUCGAUUGAAAGUUAAUUUGGAGUUUACUGAGUUGUGGCGAGAGAGUAUUGUGUGGAAAGGGCAGUAUUUGCCGUUAUCCAACAUUACAAUUAUCGACAGAGAAAAAAAAUCGAAGAAGAAGAAGAAAACAAACAGAAAUAUUGUAACCAACUUACAAUUCAAUCGUGGUGUAUUUGUUUGAAUCAUCACCCGUCCAUUUGAUUCGUCAUCAAAUAUGGAUAAAGAUGGAAAUAUUGGUAUCGAGCCUGGCACUGAAACCGUUUACGGCACCCAUGAUGACAACACAAUGGUCAUGUCCGAAAAGGUGCAAUCGUUGGCUGGCAGCAUCUAUCAGGAAUUCGAGCGUAUGAUUCAACGGUACGAUGAAGAGGUGGUGAAAAAUCUGAUGCCAUUGCUGGUCAACGUUCUUGAAUGUUUAGACUCGGCGUAUCAAACCAAUCAAGAGCAAGAAGUUGAGGUCGAACUACUUCGUGAGGAUAAUGAACAGCUGGUCACUCAGUAUGAACGUGAAAAAAGUGCACGCAAACAGGCCGAACAAAAGUUACUGGAUACGGAAGAUUUGGCCGAAUCAGAGAACAAAGAGCUGGCCAGUCGACUGGAAUCGCUCGAAAGUAUCGUACGAAUGCUGGAACUGAAACAUAAGAAUAGUCUGGAGCAUGCGAGUCGACUUGAAGAGCGAGAGGGUGAUUUGAAGAAGGAAUAUGCCAAACUUCACGAUCGUUACACGGAGCUGUUCAAAACGCAUGUCGACUAUAUGGAGCGAACGAAACUCUUAAUGGGAUCGACGCAUUCGCAGUUGAACUCAAGUAAUUCGGAACGUUUGGAACUGAAUCGUUCACGUCUUCAUCCGAUGUACCGUUCGUCGGGACCGGUUUCAUAUGGAUUUGCCUCACUUGAAACAUCACAGAUGCUGGACACUGAAACCAUUUGCAGCCCCAAUGGAAGUGAUGCCAGUUCAGUUGGUUCAGGACCGCCAUCACUGCAAAAUGAGUUCGAUAAUAUUCAAACCGUAGAACGUUCAGCCGAAACGGACACACUGAAGCAAAUGAAUCAGGCGACGUCACCGCAAAGUGAUCAACCAAGCCCAAUUCAACCACCACCAUCCGCCGGCCGAUCAACAACGAAAAAUGAAAAGCGUUCAGCAAACACACUGUACCAGGAGCUGUCAUUCCAGGAUAAUGAAGAAAGCGAAGAAAAUGAAGUCACAGGCAGUUGGGUUCAUCCCGGUGAAUAUGCAUCCUCAGGCAUGGGCAAAGAAGUGGAAAAUCUAAUAAGCGAGAACACCGAACUAUUAGCAACAAAGAAUGCUUUGAACAUUGUCAAAGAUGAUUUGAUUGUGAAAGUCGAUGAACUAGCGGGUGAGAUUGAAAUUCUUCGUGAAGAAUUGAAUACAGCCAAUCAGUCAAGGCAAAAAUUGCGACAGAAAGUGUCCGAAUUGGAAGAAGAACUGAAACAGAGCAAAACAUUAGUUAAAGCAAACAGCAAUUCCGAUCAAGAAGAUGAGGGUGAUGUUCCAAUGGCUCAGCGAAAACGCUUUACGCGAGUCGAAAUGGCGCGUGUUCUUAUGGAAAGAAAUCAAUACAAAGAACGGUUCAUGGAACUUCAAGAUGCUGUACGAUGGACGGAAAUGAUUCGUGCAUCACGCACCGUUGAUAUGAAUCCAAAGGCAAAGGAAAGCAUUUGGAGAAAGUUUUUUAACAAACUCCUACUGACAUCGACCAGCCCACAAAGAGAGCCUCCCGGACCAUUAUUACAGUAUAAUGCAGCAAGCCACCAUGUUGUACCUACUUCGUUCGAGGGGCGAUUAGCUAUUACAUCGGGUAAUCAACCCCAUGGUGGCAAUGCAUCGAAUGCAUUAACAUUUUCCAAAGAAUAUGCUGAAGAGGGUGCCUCAGAUCGUAUGAAUCAGCGACGUCGCGAACAAUAUCGCCAGGUUCGUGCUCAUGUGCAGAAAGAGGAUGGCCGUUUACAUGCGUACGGUUGGUCAUUGCCCGGCACCAAAACCAAUACAACUGGAACACCACGAACUGAUCGAAAAAUGCCAAAAGUACCAGUACCUGUUUAUUGUCGACCAUUGGCAGAAGCUAGUCCACAUAUGAAAGUAUUUUGCGCUGCUGGCGUGAAUCUCAAUGGCGGUUAUACUAAGGAUGGUGGUUGCAUUAUCGGUGCUAGCGUGUUUUAUUCAACAAACACAACCGCUCAAAUAACGGAGGUGACCACACCAACUGGUGGCGAGAAUGCCGAACUCGAUUCGCUUGACAAACAAAUUACGAUGGCAAUGGAGAAUUCCGAUCCAGACUCGCAAUUGAGUUCGUACGUGUGGAUUUGUACGAGCACCCAUUCGGCCAGCACGGUGACUGUGAUCGAUGCUAAAAAUCCUGCCGUUGUGCUUGACUCAUUUCCGGUGUGUCAAACACAUUUACUAUGCAUUUGCUCGGUACAAGGUGCUCUUGAGAAAGACUACGCGCUAUUGGAGAAUAGUGAGGCCAUCAAGUCAGGUGAAAUGCUGGAAAAACCCGGUGAAGAUCCCGAUGAUACGGGUCGAAUUGAAUUUGUUCGUAUUGCCCGAACGGAGACAACCACCACCGAAGCGGCCAGAAGCGAUCAAAAUGAAAAUGUGUGCGAGGCACAACCAUCGGGUACGAGCACUGCUGACGAAUUAACUGCAUCAGUUGUUGAGGAAAAUGAUAAAAACGAAGUGGAAAUAGCGCUCGACUCAGAGAAUUUGAACAAAGGUGCGAUCACAGCGGUCGUUGAAGAGAUUAAUGCACCACCGGUUUCACCGCUGCAUUUGAACAACAAUGCGAACAACAACCAAAAUAUCUACUCAUUAGCAUUUCCAAAGCCAGUCAAUCCAAUUCUUGGCUCACCGAAUCCCCUCGAAGAGCCGGCCAUGUCAUCCGUUGGACCAACCAUGUGGCUUGGUGCUCAGAAUGGAAUGUUAUAUGUACAUAGUUCCGUUGCACGCUGGAGAGAUUGUCUUCAUCAAGUAUGUCUACCUGAUGCCGUUUUGUCGAUAGUGCACGUGGAGUCUCGUGUUGUGGCUGCCUUAGCAAAUGGAAAAUUGGCUGUGUUCCGCCGUCAAACUGAUGGUCAAUGGGAUUUAAAUAGCUAUCAUCUAGUUACUCUUGGUCUACCAAAACAAUCAGUUCGUUGUUUGUGCAUUGUGGCCGAUAAAAUAUGGGCCGCCCAUCGAAACAAAAUCUAUAUUGUCGACCCAAUUUCAUUGAAUAUUGUGUACAUUCUGGAGGCACAUCCACGCAAAGAAAGUCAAAUACGACAAAUGGCUGCCACUGGUCUCGGUGUAUGGGUUUCCAUACGACUGGACUCAACACUACGGCUGUACCAUGCUCAUACAUACGAGCACUUGCAAGAUGUUGACAUUGAGCCAUAUGUUUCGAAAAUGCUCGGAACGGGAAAAUUGGGUUUUUCUUUUGCGCGUAUCACCGCUUUGCUGGUUUCAUGUAAUCGAUUGUGGAUCGGCACCGGAAAUGGUGUCGUCAUAUCCGUACCUCUUACCGAAGCUCUGCAGUACAACAACAAAAGUAAUUUUUCGUACUGUUUUUCCACCGCUAUUUUUUUCGUUCACUUUUUCCCACUGGAUUUAUUGACGGUCAUCAAUUUUAUCUUUCCAGUUGCGACCAACAAUUUUAUACCACGGUGCUGCAUGGCUAAUGCUCAGUUAUCGUUCCACGGCCAUCGUGAUGCUGUAAAAUUUUUCGUUUCGGUGCCAAUGCAAUCGCAGUCUGAGUUUCAAAUGGGCCAAAAGCCGCAUAUGCUUGUGAUGUCCGGUGGAGAAGGUUACAUCGAUUUUCGAUUAGGCGAUGGAGACAUGGAGAAUAGCAUUGUGCUUGAGCCCAACCAAACGAUUGAAAAUCGAGGCGAUAAAAGUUACCUAAUUGUUUGGCAAGUUAACCAAUCUUAAAUCAAACCUAUUGCACUGUAAUGGCAAUAAAGAAACCAAAAAAGAAAGGGAAAAAAACCGAAAUUUGUGAAGAAAGCGAACAACGUAGAAAAAAUUGAAGAAAAAAAACAA